CUCAGGCCUCCGUCCCGCCCCUCCCGUCCGGCCGCCGCCGCCGCCGCCGCCGCCGCCGCUACCGCCACCGCCGCCUGGGGGGUUGGUUGAGGCGGACGGUGGGGUCCGGGCCGGAGUGUGGCGCCGCCGUUGCGCGGAGGGGUAGCGGGCAGUCAGAAAAUGGGUAAGAAGAGUCGAGUGAAAACUCAGAAAUCAGGCACUGGGGCUACAGCCACUGUGUCACCAAAAGAAAUCUUGAACCUGACCAGUGAGCUGUUGCAGAAAUGUAGCAGUCCUGCCCCUGGCCCGGGAAAAGAAUGGGAAGAAUAUGUGCAGAUCCGGUCUCUGGUUGAGAAAAUACGAAAAAAGCAAAAAGGUCUGUCUGUUACUUUUGAUGGAAAAAGAGAAGAUUACUUUCCUGAUCUAAUGAAAUGGGCCUCUGAAAAUGGGGCUUCUGUCGAAGGUUUUGAAAUGGUUAACUUCGAAGAAGAGGGCUUUGGUUUGAAAGCAACAAGAGACAUCAAGGCAGAAGAAUUAUUUUUAUGGGUUCCACGAAAAUUACUAAUGACGGUUGAAUCUGCUAAAAAUUCAGUAUUGGGGCCCCUGUAUUCUCAAGACCGAAUUCUUCAAGCCAUGGGAAAUAUCACACUGGCCUUUCAUCUGCUAUGUGAGCGAGCCAACCCCAACUCUUUCUGGCAGCCCUACAUUCAGACUCUCCCCAGCGAGUAUGACACCCCUCUUUACUUUGAAGAAGAGGAAGUUCGAUGUCUUCAGUCCACACAAGCUAUACAUGAUGUCUUCAGCCAAUACAAAAACACCGCUCGGCAGUACGCCUAUUUCUAUAAAGUUAUCCAGACCCAUCCUCAUGCCAACAAACUGCCCUUGAAGGAUUCUUUCACUUACGAGGACUACAGGUGGGCGGUCUCUUCUGUCAUGACGAGGCAGAACCAAAUUCCCACGGAGGAUGGGUCCCGGGUGACCCUGGCCCUGAUUCCUUUAUGGGACAUGUGUAAUCACACCAACGGCCUGAUCACGACGGGCUAUAACCUGGAAGAUGACCGUUGCGAGUGUGUAGCUCUGCAGGACUUCGGGGCCGGAGAGCAGAUUUACAUUUUUUAUGGCACUCGGUCAAAUGCAGAGUUUGUGAUCCACAGUGGUUUUUUCUUUGACAAUAAUUCACACGACAGAGUGAAAAUAAAGCUUGGAGUGAGUAAAAGUGACAGGCUCUACGCCAUGAAGGCCGAGGUCUUGGCUCGCGCUGGCAUCCCAACGUCCAGUGUUUUCGCCUUGCAUUUUAUGGAGCCGCCCAUCUCUGCCCAACUUCUGGCUUUCCUUCGAGUAUUCUGCAUGACCGAAGAAGAAUUGAAAGAACAUUUGCUGGGAGACAAUGCGAUCGAUAGAAUUUUCACCUUGGGUAACUCUGAAUUUCCUGUCAGCUGGGACAAUGAGGUCAAACUUUGGACAUUUCUUGAAGAUAGAGCCUCGCUUCUUUUAAAAACAUAUAAAACAACAAUUGAGGAGGAUAAGGCUGUCUUGAAAAACCAUGAGCUUUCUGUUCGUGCCACGAUGGCCAUUAAAUUGCGCUUAGGUGAGAAGGAGAUUUUGGAAAAGGCAGUCAAGAGCGCGGCCGCCAACCGGGAGUACUACCGCAAACACAUGGAGGAGAGGGUGCCCCUCCCCAAGUACGAGGAGAGUGACCUGGGGCUGCUGGAGGGCGGCCUGGGGGACUCGAGGCUGCCGCUGGUCCUGAGGAACCUGGAGGAGGAGGCGGGCGGGCAGGAGGCCCUGAGCCUGAAGGAAGCCGUGAGCAGAGCCAAGGCCGCCGAGCACGGGCUGCUCAACGGCGAGGACUCCAUCCCCAACGGGACCCGCUCUGGAAACGGAAACUCGGAUCCGGAGGAAAGCAAGCCGGCGCCCGAGGAGGCCCAAGAACCUCCCGACGGCCCCGGCCCCGGCGAGGGGAAGGCGCAGCCCUGAGCCGCCGCGCCCGGGCGCGGGUCCCGCUCAGCCCAAGUUCUCCACAGUCCUUCCAUCGCCGUGUUCCGCGUUCACGUUCUCUUUCUGCAGAGAGGAAAAUAUGUUUUUGCUGCUUUAUAUAAAAAUGAUUUUUUAAGUUAUUUUAAAGAUGUAGUUUUGCUUUUUGACUAAGAUUGCCAGCCUGCUUCUAGGCAGAGCGAGCUCAGCAGCGAAGGGAGCGAGGUGCCUCCGGAAGCUUCCGCAGCGCCCCCGUCCCGGGCCUGGUGUGGGCCCCGGGGAGACCCCAGCUCCCGCUCAGCUGUGCCUUCGUGGGCCCGUCAUCUCGGCA